AUCGGCCUCAUAUCUCACUACCGCCGAAGAGACCGCGUCCCGCCUUAGAUUCAAGCGGUACUGAGACAAAUCGAUUGCGUCAACCAAGCUAACCCCACAACGCAUGCAGUCACAUGGGGAAAAGGAAACGGAUCAGGUCACACUGCCAGCAAGAAAUCUUCAGCACUCAUUGGACUAAUGGCUCCAGCUAUCAGAGAUGGUCGCAACAGCCUCGUCUACAUCUGUCAGCCAGCUCUAUUGAUGAGGAAUUGAUUCCCGCCAACGCCGAAAGGCGAGAUGGACUGACGGGUAUGGUGGCCCGCCUACGAAUAAGUGUUGACCGACUGAUAUCAGCGAGCCCCCUUUCCAGACCCUCUCGGUAUUUGUCCUGUCACAAACUCAUCGGUCAUUGCAUGCGCGUUCACACGCUGUGAAUGAAAUACCGAGGUUCUAAAGAGACACAGGACUAACAAUGUCCCGGUCGGACAAAUGGCCCCCCGUCGACUCCAAGCAUCUUGAGAUAUCAUAUUGACAUGGCUUUUGGACAUGAACCUUGUUUCUAAACCAAUGAUGCCAGACCAAUGUGAAGCAGGUAAACCACAUAGACUUGCUUCCGGGGUUGGUACACUGGAUCUACCAGUCGUUCUCAGUUAGCCAUUCUUUCUUUUCAAGCGAGCCAAGGCCUUUCACAGCUCGAUGGACUCAGCGGCUUUUGAACCGUUGCUCUUGCCCAACGGAACGUGGCUCAAGAACCGGAUCGGCAAAGCAGCCAUGGAAGAGAAGAUGUCCGAUGUCCAAAGACACUGCCAACCGUCUCCAGGGCUGUUGAGACUUUACACCACCUGGGGCCAGGGCGGUGCUGGCUUGAUAUUGAGCGGAAACAUCAUGAUCGAUCCCACCGCCAUGUCGUGUCCGGGCGACGUGCUUCUCGCACCAGAUGUCGGUCCCCUGGAUGAGAGUCGCUGGCGCGAGUGGAUCCAGGUGACACGCGGCGGAGGCGCGCAGUUCUGGCUCCAGCUCAACCAUCCUGGGAGACAGGUCCGAAAGGGCGCGGAGCUCCCUGUCUAUGCGCCCUCGGCAAUCAGACUGGACAUGGGAUCCUUCAGCAACAUGUUCGAAACGCCGAUCGCCAUGACCGAAGCACAGCUCCACGAUGUCAUCGCCCGCUUCACGUGGGCAGCCCAGAAGGCCGAAGCGUUGGGCGCCGACGGCAUCGAGAUCCACGCUGCUCACGGCUACCUCAUCUCGCAAUUCCUGUCCCCCCUCUCGAACAAGCGGACCGACCGAUGGGGAGGGUCUCUCGAGAAUCGCGCUCGGCUCUUGUUCGAGGUGGUCAGGUCGGUCCGUGCCAAAGUCUCGUCAAGGUUCGGCGUCGGCGUCAAGAUCAACUCGGCCGACUUCCAGAGGGGCGGCUUCGAAGUGGACGACCUGUUCUGGGUGGCGAGGCAGUUGAACAACCACCAGCUUGAUCUGCUCGAGAUUUCCGGCGGCAGCUAUGAAUCACCGGUCAUGGCCACUGGCGUUGCACCGACCGAAAAGACCUCUGGCACCGCCAACCGCGAAGCAUACUUCCUCGAGGUUGCCGAGCGGCUCAAGGAGAUUGCCGCGAUACCCGUCAUGGUCACCGGGGGGAUCUCCCGCAAAGCCGUCAUGGAAGAGGUCGUCGGGGCGGGCGCCCGGCUCAUCGCGGGCGUGGGGACAGCAAUGGGACUGGUCCCCGACUUGCCCAACCGCUGGGCCCGUGGUGAAGACCCUGCGCCGGUCCUGUCACGUAGCAGGAUCCUGCCAAAGCCCCUGGCGGCCGCGGCCAAGACGUCGAGUGUCCAGGUGAGCUUCCACAUGAUCGGGCGAGGCUGGCGGUGGCGGCCGUGGAAGGGUGUCUGGCCUGUGCUGGGGCUGUUGAUCAUGCGGGCCAUCGAGUCUCGGCAGAUGAAGGUCUACAAGAAAUGGGUACACCAGCAGUUUGCACAGAAACAUCAGUGACACUUAUGCUUUGCUGCCUCUGCUGCCUUUCGCCCCUUUGCUGGCUGGCGACUCUAAAACUCUCUGAGAGGUUACUGCCGGGACCACCAUUAGAUGACAGGAUAUUAGACAGAGCUAUCUACCCCGGCUGGACGGUUGCCGGUGUGAGGGUUAAU